AUGGCCGCGCCGAGCUCCCCCAAGCCGCUCUACAGCAUCCCGGUCCCGGCAUGUGAUGGGCACCAGGGCGGGUCCGUCACCAUCACCGAGCCGGCAGAGAGGGUGUAUGUCCUGACGCUGACCUCGCCGCCGGACAACCGCCUCACGACGGCAGUGUGCCAGGCCCUCCUGCAGGCCCUGGACAUUGUCGAGUUCUCCCUGGCGCCCGGCUGCGUGGUGACGACCUCGUCGCUGCCCAAGUUCUUCUCCAACGGGCUGGACCUGGCCCACGCCGUCGCCCGCGGCACGCCCUUCUGGGCCGGGUGCCUGUGGGCCCUGUUCCGCCGCUUCCUGACCUACCCCAUGCCCACCGUCGCCCUCAUGAACGGCCACGCCUUCGCCGGCGGCCUCAUGCUCGCCAUGCACCACGACUACCGCGUCAUGAACCCCGACAGGGGGUUCUGCUGCCUCAACGAGCUCGAGUUCGGCGCCCCGCUCAAGCCCCCGAUGUCCUCCAUCUUCCGCGUCAAGCUCCCCGACGCCAGGACGUACCGCGAGAUGGUGCUGGAGGCCCGCCGCUUCGGCGGCAGGGAGGCCGCCGCCAGGGGCAUCGUCGACGCCGCCGGCGGCUGGGACGAGGUGCUCAAGCUGGUCGCGGAGAGGAAGCUCACCGAGAGGGGCAAGACGGGCGUGUACGGCUUGCUCAAGAUGGAGAUGUACCGCGAAUGCCUGGACCUGCUGGACAAUCAUGAGCGGGAGGAGGCCAAGGACGACGCCUGGUUCAAGGCUGAGGAUCAGAGGAAGGCCGAGGGGAAGGCGCGGGUGGAGAGCUGGGUCAAGGCAAAUGGGAACAAGGCGAAGCUGUGA